UCACCCCUUUAUUCUAUUAGAUAAAAUAUCCCGUUGUUUAUUUUUGAUCCACUUUUCAAGAAGCGACGACUUUAAUUCCUCAACACCCAAGUUCCAAGUUCCUAGUCCCCCUGUGCUUUCUCAUUCCCCACUAUCGUAUCUUCCCAAAAAAGUAACCAUAUUUGACCAACAUCUUGCAAGAGAUUUCCUUGCUAAGAUCAUCUUUCUCUUCUACAUAAUCUCAAAUCACAACUACCUCUUCACCUAUCUACUAUCAAAAUGCGUGAAGUUAUUAGCAUCAACGGUAAGAAUCCUUUCGACGCGUUUAUACUAUACACCGCUAUCACAAGGGGUUGUUUUGUAAAUAACACAAUGUUGACGAUGAAAGUAUACUGAUGUGUAUCUCCUAUAGUCGGUCAAGCCGGUUGUCAAAUCGCAAACUCUUGCUGGGAGGUAAGUUCUCAAGUCGACAAAAUCCAUAUUGUCGUCGCGGCGGAUGAUGGCUAUGGAGCUCGCAUAACUGACAGAUGUUUCUCUCUUGCAGCUCUACUGUCUUGAGCAUGGUAUUCAGGUAAGCAUAAUGUUUAUAACAACCUUUCUAAUACUCCUAGCCUUUACUGACAACGUCUCUAACAGCCCGAUGGAUACUUGACCGAGGAACGUAAAGCCGCCGACCCCGACCAAGGCUUCAGCACCUUUUUCUCCGAAACCGGUAUGCAUACAAAAUACAGCUACAACAUUAUGAUAUGUCAGAAUACUGACAGGAUUCUGCAAUAAAGGUCAAGGAAAAUAUGUUCCACGUACUAUCUACUGUGAUCUCGAGCCAAAUGUCGUCGAUGAGGUCCGUACCGGUACAUACCGCAACUUGUUCCACCCGGAACAAAUGAUCACAGGAAAGGAGGAUGCCUCCAACAACUAUGCCCGUGGUCACUACACUGUUGGCAAGGAGUUGAUCGAUCAGGUUUUGGAUAAGGUUCGCCGGGUUGCCGAUAACUGCUCUGGUCUCCAAGGUUUCCUCGUUUUCCACUCUUUCGGUGGUGGAACUGGAUCUGGUUUCGGUGCUCUCCUUAUGGAGCGUUUGUCAGUCGAUUUCGGAAAGAAAGUAAAGUUGGAGUUCUGUGUCUACCCAGCACCACAAACUGCUACCUCCGUCGUUGAACCAUAUAACUCUAUCCUUACAACCCACACUACUCUUGAACAUUCCGAUUGUUCUUUUAUGGUUGACAAUGAGGCUAUCUACGACAUCUGCAGAAAGAAUCUUGGUCUUGAGAGACCUGACUACGUCAACUUGAACCGAUUGGUCGCCCAAGGUAUGCUGUUCCUGGGAAAUGGAAAUUGUUUCUUGUGCUAAUAAUCUACAGUUGUUUCUUCCAUCACCGCCUCCCUCCGAUUCGAUGGUUCCCUCAACGUUGAUCUUAACGAGUUCCAAACCAACUUGGUUCCAUAUCCACGUAUCCAUUUCCCUCUCGUUGCCUACGCCCCAGUUGUCUCCGCCGCCAAGGCAUCUCACGAGGCCAAUUCCGUCCAAGAAAUCUCCAUGUCUUGCUUUGAGCCCAAUAACCAGAUGGUCAAAUGUGACCCACGCAACGGAAAGUACAUGGCUACUUGCUUGUUGUACCGUGGUGAUGUUGUAACAAAUGAUGUUCACGCUGCUGUGGCCACUCUCAAAACUAAGCGCACCAUUCAAUUUGUUGAUUGGUGCCCAACUGGUUUCAAGAUUGGUAUCUGCUUCCAGCCACCUCAAACCGUUCCUAACGGUGAUUUGGCCAAGGUUAACCGUGCUGUGUAAGUUCAACCCGCCCCUUUAUUGAAAAUACCUUGCUAACCCUUUUUGAAGAUGCAUGCUUUCAAACACAACUGCCAUUGCUGAGGCAUGGUCCGCCCUUUCCCACAAAUUCGACCUUAUGUACUCCAAGCGUGCUUUCGUGCAUUGGUAUGUCGGUGAGGGUAUGGAGGAAGGUGAAUUCUCCGAGGCUCGUGAGGAUCUUGCCGCUUUGGAGCGUGAUUAUGAAGAAGUUGCAACAGACUCUCUUGAGGGUGACGAGGGUGCUGAUGCGGAGUACUAAAUCAUUCCCUUGUUUCAUAUGUCAAUCUUCUACGAGGUUACAUAUCCGCAAAGCUUUAUUUAGUACUUGAUAUGGUAGCGUGUGAGUUCUUGAGGCGUGUUUUAAAGCAUGAUCAUGUUUCCCGGCAAGCCGAUAGAGUCAUUCUUCCUUUCAAUGAAUUCACGAAGGAAUCUCUCUUUUUUUUAAUCAGAAUGCUUUUUUGUAAUCCAAAUACCACCAAUCCUAGUAGCCAAUACAGAUAGCAAUAAGAAAAUGUUGUGAAAUGUGAUUAA